AUGCAAGUCGAGAUGAAUGCACGUAGAGAGAAAAUAAUCAUACAAAAUCAAAUGAUUAUAAACUCGCAACAACAACAACAACAGCAGCAGCCGUCGCAUGCUGGCAAAAAGUUUAAGAAGCACACGCAACAGUCCGCAUUAUUUUCCACCACGGCCGCAAUGUCGAACAACAAUAGCAACAACAAUAACAAUAUGGGCAACAGUGGCAACGUUAGCAAUAGCAACAACAACAACAAUAGCAACAAUAACCGCAAUUCAACCGAAAUUUCCCAUUUAUUUGCACACUCCCCCACGGCAGCCACAUACGUCCAAGCGCAACUUAACGGCAUCAAUUUCACAGCUGAUAAUCAAACCGUUACAGCCAACGUCGCCGCCAAUAUGAACGCCUCCGCUAAUAAUGGCAACAUUAACGCGAACAUCAACACCAUUUCCACACCCAACAUCAAUGCGAACGCCACCAUCACAACGAAUGCGGCACAACAGCCGACCAGCGGCAAUGCCGGUGUACCGGUCGUCACCUACAAUGGCAAUCAAUAUUGUGUAAUAACGCGCAAUGAUGCGGGCGCCGCCGAGAAAUCGGAAUUGCUGCAAAUUCAUGGCCAAUUCACCACCGACAAGGAGGGUAAGACGAAUAUAAUUCUAAUGUCGCCGGUUUCGGUGCCGAUGCAAAUGCAGAUGCACGUGCCGAUGCAAGUGGAAGUGCAAAAUCCAAAUUGAAUUGAAUUUUUCGCGCGGCAAGCGGAGUCCGGCGCUUAGAGGCUUGCAAUGAAAUGGGUUUACCAGGAAUGGUUCGAGCGUAUUUGUCGGCGGUAAUUGUCGGAAGCCAGUAGGCAGUGGUUAAACAGGUAGGCGCGCCGUCGGCAUGCAGGAAGGUAUAGCGGUUGCAUUAGACGAGAUAUCGAAAUCAACAAAUCAAAUGGUUUUCCAAAUUUACACUUUUUAGUUUAAGUUCAAGAUAUCAAAUAAGAGCGGAAACUAUGUAAUACAAAAUAGUGUUUGAUAUAAACUAGUUCAUGUUAUACCCAACGCACUUGUAAACUGCAGUCGUAAAAGAAAGUUUUUCGAAAUGAGGCAUUUAGAGUAUAUUUUGAAGGCUUUUGAUACAAAGAAAGAACAUUAUUUUUCAGGAACUUUAAAAUAUUGAGAUUCACAAGACCUUCCACUUUCUGCAUGGUUCACGAAAAAAUUGUUAGGGCCACAAUGAGACUCUUCAAUUUAUUGCGAUCUUUUGCCUCCCCUCUUUAUUAGACUCCAACUGAUUUGGACCUUAGACAUAUCGAUGUACAAUUAUCUUCUUCAGGUUAGAUGAUUUUGGGCUCUCAAAACAUAACCGGUAUGCAUAAGUCCGUGUCAGAGACGGUGACGAACCCGAAAAUGCGGCAAAACUGGUCAGAAAAUGCAUCACUGAAGUCCUUUAAAAGGUGUGAGUUAUCAAUAAUUACCAUUAACCAUUCAAGCAUAUGUUAUUCGGUCCUAUUUUAAUAAUGUCAAUUGGUUAUCAUUACUUAACAUGGAUCAUUCAAGCAUAUUAUGACUUCCGUACGGAUUGGUUAAAAUCUUAAACCCUCUUCUUUAUGGUUAUUCUUUCCUGCACUACGGAAAAGAACAUUAAUCUACAACGUAGACAAAACGUUAGUAGUACCAAGAAGUGAGAAUUGAAUAGUUUACAAUUAAUCAUAGAGAUGAAAAUUUUAGUAGUUGCAGAGUAGGUUAGAUUGAAAGGUCGAGCCAAAAAAGAAAAACGGAUCUUCCUUGGACGGCGGAGAACGCCGGUCCAUUUGAUGCUACUAGCUUCUAAAUAUUGAUCAAAUAAAACUCUUAAAAAUCGACAAAGCACUCAGAGUCUAUCGAGAUGUUUCAACCUCAGUUUUGCGAAAGCUGGACAGUGGAGAUGAAAUAGCCUUCAUGUUUCCACCUCAGUUUCCUCCAUUUCACUGUGACAGUUAGCCUCCGACAAAAUUUUCAGCCGUACUGCAUGUACACCUACUGAGCAAUGAACAGCAAGAACUCAAACGAUUGGUUCAAGAUUAACCUUACUGUGGGCAAGUGGUUCGGUGGAUCUCUUUCGCUUCGUAUUAGGCUAAAGAAUCCCGCAGUUCCACAAUGGAUGGUUGUGGACCAGAGCCUGCUAAACUCAUGUGAUGUUCAGAUAUCCAGCGUUAGAACACAAGAGGACAGAGGGGUCCCAAUCCGUCCCUAUCCGAUGUAAUUGGGACAUGUGUGGCCUCUUUUGCGAGCUCAUCGACUUUGCAGUUUCCUGCUAUUCUCCUAUGAUUAGGUACUAGAAGUUGCAGAAUUAUCAGAUAAAUACCCAAUGUAGAUUGUGUCAAUUUCGUUUAAAAACAAUGGUAAGAGUACGGUUCCCAAAAGUUUAUCAAAUUUUCAAUUUCUAGCAGUUUUCCUGGUUUAACCUCUUUUGUCUGAUUAUUGUCGCUUUAGCAAUGUUAUUAUGUAUAUAAUUGUUACAUGUUCUCUUCUGUAUUUAAAUUUCUCACACACACUUUUUAGCUCACUAUGUUUACGCGCGUUGGGUAUAAAAAUGAUAUGCAUAUGAAUUUGAGCAGAAAUUGCCAUGUCAAUAAAAUGUCUUCGAGCUAAGAUAAUGAAAAAAGUUCAAAAUUUGUAUACACACUAUAAUUACGGUUCGAAAUUAACUCUGUUUGGUUUGCUACGGUAACGGUAAAAUUAUAAAUCUUAAAUCUAAGAGCUGUAAGCUUAAGUUUGAAACUGCAGUUUUAAGUUAAAAACUUAGAAACUUGCUUAUCACAGCGUUGGCUUACUACAAAAUCAAAAAAAAGUUGAAAAACGAUAAAAUCUCAAAAAUACCAACAAAAAUAAAAAGAAAACAUUUUAAAAAUUAACACCACAAAGUUGCAAUAGCUAACCCUCUUAAUAUAAAUUUUUAAGUAUUUACCGUUAAGCGUAAAAAAAUAUAUGUAUAACUAUAAAUUUUAAGAAAACCCAAAAUACUUUGAAAAAGUUUGUAAAUAAUAAAGUAAAUUAGAAAAAACAAGUGAUCGUCUCCAUGCAAAACAAAAAUCUAUAUAUAGUAAUAAAACACACCGAUAAAAUUAGAAAAGCGAAAAAUUGUCACGCAGAUCUACAUAUAUGCGUCAUAUACAUACAUAAGUGUAUGUAUGCACCCACAAAACUUUGCAUAAGCGCUUUUUAAAUUAAACUUAAAAGUGUAAUUUGUAAAUGAUUUUAUAGUAACGGGUAACAAAAAAAAAACUCCAAAAAAAUUAUGAACUUAUACUUUACCUUUAAAUAGCCGUCAUAAAUUUGAAAAAAAAAUGAUAAAAAGGAAACACUGUGUCUGUGUAUGAUUAGUAUUAAGGAAAAUUUAAGUACAUAUCUGGGAUAAAGAAAGUAAAAUAAAUAUAACUAAUGAAUAGAGCAUUCAAAAAUUUUGCAGUUAGCUAAACUCGCUCUAAAUUUGUAUCGAAUUGUUGUAAUAUAACUGAAAAUUGUGUUGCAAGUAAGACAGCAAGAAAUAUUAAAAAAUAUUUGUAAAGUUAUAUAUGAAUUUAGGUCUGAUAAGUUGUUUUUAUUUUUCUUAUUUUUUUUUAUUUUUUUCUAUAUUUUAUUUUUAUUUAAUUUAAUAUAUUUUUAAAACAUUUAGUUUUAAUUUCUUUAAUAUUGUAGCAUACAUAUUAUUUUAUAGUUAUAUGGCAACCCUAUGUGAUACAUGUCAGCCCUCAGUUAAAACAUCGAUUUUUUAAGAUUUUAUCCUAAGCAUAAAUAAUAAAUAUUUCUAUAAAAAUGUAUCUCUUGAGUUUUUAAAUUCGCUAAUGUGCAAUAUCCAGUAAACUUAUAUAACCGCUCUUGGAAUUCAUCUCAUUUCAUCAAGGUUUUAGUUUCUUUCAUUAUAUAAGACUCAAUACAAAAGAAGCUUGAUGAUAUUUUUCUCAAGUUGAGAAUUAUAAAAUAAUUAUUUAUUUAGUAUCCUAGUCGAUUUCUUUAUCAUUUAAAAUUAAUUGAGAUAUGCGUUAAUACCUAAAGGGAAUUGACCAAAAAUAUAGAGCUAUAUUACUAUAGACUCUAUAUUUAUAAUAUAUAUAAAGCUAUAGAAUCAUAUCUGUAUGAGUUGUAUUCAGAAACCGAAAUAUUAAAACUUCGUGGAUUUGGAGAGUCAAAUUGUUAAUUUUUUUUUAUUAUAUUGGGAUUUCUAAUCAAUCUUCAACUUAUUUUUUUGUUAUAUUUAUACUAAUAAAUAAGUAAAGAAAUGUGUAUUUUUUGAUCGACCACUUUCUGCCAUUUUUCCGCUAGAGACAUUAUUCUGUCAGUGUAAAACUUUCAUCAGUGAAAAUCGAAAUUUCGAAAUUUCCAGAACCGAAGCGAACAAACGUUUGUUGAGCUACACGAGCUGAUACAGCAUCGACUCCGUAAACUUCACAAAUUUCAAUGGGAGCUUGCGUGGCAUUCUUCCCUUUUUUAUACAAAAAUUCCAAAAUAUAGCGAAUUUCUUCAUUAUUUUCAUUCAUUUUUGAACAGCAGUAUCUUUUUUUCAACUUCCCCGGUUUUUAAUUUUUUUGGUUAAAUGAAGCUUAAAAUCUCACCUUUCCAACACUAUAUGGUAUGAUGCAAUGUGAUUUGUAGCAGUCGAGAUAUACGACUGCAACGACAUCUAUUGACAAAAUACGAAAAUACUUUUUCGACUACCAAUACAUACAUGUUCCUGAAGUACCAUAAAAUUUUCAGCUGCUUUUAGUGCUUACUUUUUUUUUAGUAACAACCAAAUAUUAACCUAUUUUUAUCGGCUUGGCGAUUUUCGUUUGAUAAAAGUUCGUUGCUUGUUCGUGAAUUCUUGGCCAAAAACAAUACUGUAACGAAGUCCCUGCCUUCAUAUAUGCCAGACAUGACUUCGUGUGACUUUUUCCUAUUUCCAGAAAUAAUGAGAACCUUAAAGGGGCGUCGUUUUAGAAAAUAGAUGAAAAUCAAAAUAAUAAAUAAUAUGGAAUGAGAACUAUUUUGCAUCCAACAACAUUAAUGUAAAUCUUUUUUCCAAAAACAACAAUUCCCGCUAUUUUUUGAUUAUUUUCUUUAGAAUCGAUUUUCGCAAAUAAUUUUACUUAUUCAUUUAUUAUUAUUGUUUCGUUAUAAUAUAUUUUGUAUACAUAAUAUUACAUAUAAGUCCAAGUAUAUACAUAUAUACUAUAUAUAAUAUGUACCGAGUUAUUGAUAUUAACAUUUGUAAUUAUUACUUAAACAUAUUAUUUAUAUUUAUUGCAUAUUUGUAGUAUUGAAGAGCCAAAUGAUGACUCAUUAAUUGAUAACUUAAAUGUGUAGAAUGUGAAAAGAAAACUUUGUAAAAAACCAAAACAAAACGAAUUCGUAGAGAGCAUUUGCAAGUAUUGUAGUUGAUAAAAGAAAACAAAAGAAACAAACAAAACAACAACUAUUUACGAUAAUAAAUAAAAUUGAAGUGUAAAAAACAA